ACGGAAGAUCAUCUGAACCAUCGGUAGACAAGAAGACCUUUGCGACUGAACUAAGAAUGGAGCUGGCUUUGCUUGGAACUGUCUUCUUGCUUCUUCUGGCUGCUAACCCGACCCUAGCGGCCACCAAUGUUGGAGUAGGCUCCCCCUGUUCUGCUGCCGACACCUGCGUGACUGGCGCUGUCUGUGACAGAGUCUAUGCCAAGUGCUUGCUGACACAAGGCCAGGAGUGUUCAGGGGAAAAUGCAAACAACUGUGUGUCGGGUGCCUACUGCCUGACUACUUGUGAAUGUGAAGAUGACUACAAGGCUGUGUCCAAUCUCUGUGAACCUGUGGACUCUGGAACUGGAGGCACUUUCACACUCAACUCUAAGCGCAGCGCUGUCCGCAAGAUGUGGUUGUUCAGGUAGAGACUGACAUCAGGCACACAGUUGCUGACGACAGUGGGAUAGCAUCAAAUCACAUCUCCAGCUGUCAGCCCAUUGUCAUGCUGAUGAAAGUGUUAGCGAGAAACAGAGAAAGUCCCACAUCCGACUAGUUCACGAUCUGUUUAAUCACAAAUAAAUUUUCAGAAGCUCUGA